ACCGGUAGCCACGUUCGCUCUCUACUUUAUCUUCUUCUCUGCUCUCUGCUAACUAUCCGCGUUGUUUCCAUUUUCCACUUUUGUCCCCACUUAUUCAACAAACCGCGUCUCACAAGGGGGUAUAAAGGUCAUUUGAGAAUUCUCUGAUCCUCUUCUUGGUUCUUGUUCCCUUGGCAGUGCAAGUGAUGAACUAAGUAGGUUUCAACAUGUCCGAAAACGGAGAAGAGAAGUUACUUGCUGUGGCGCGGCACAUAGCGAAGACGCUGGGCCACAACAACACCAUGUCUGAUGACAUUUUCCAAAUAUUGUCCAACUUCGAUGGAAGGUUCUCGAGAGAGAAUCUUUCGGAAAAGGGCGCAGAUGCGGAUUCUAGAGCCUGCGCCGCACUCGAUCAUUCCCUCAAAUCCCUAGACCACCGGAUCUCUCACCACGUCUCCUCCGACCGUCCAAUCUGGGCCAACGCCGCCCACGCCGCUGCCUUCCUUGACGCCGUGGACGAGCUCGUCGCUGUCGUUGCCGAGUGGAACCACCUCGCCUCCGACAAGGCCGUCGCCGCGUGCCUCGUACGGGCCGAGGACAUGCUCCAGCACGCCAUGUUCCGCCUGGAGGAGGAGUUCCGCACGCUCAUGGAGCGCGGCGGUGAGUCGUUUGGCCUCACUAGGAGCUACCGCAACGGUGAAUCGACUGAAAACAUGCCGUUCGAGUCGGAGGAAGAGGACGAGGAGGAAGACGAAGUGAGAAACGGGGGAGAUGAGGAGCAGAUUCCGGUGGCGCUGCCGGUCACGGACUUCGACAUCGUCAUCGACGCGCUGCCAGCGGGGACGAUCAACGACCUCCACGAGAUCGCGAAGCGAAUGGUGGCCGGGGGGUUCGGUAAGGAGUGCUCGCACGUGUACAGCAGUUGCCGGAGGGAGUUCCUGGAGGAGAGCGUGUCGAGGUUAGGGUUACAGAAGCUCAGCAUCGAGGACGUCCACAAGAUGACGUGGCAGGAACUUGAAGAUGAAAUUGAGAAAUGGAUUAAAGCCUCCAACGUCGCUCUCAAGAUCCUCUUCCCAAGCGAGCGGCGUCUCUGUGACCGCGUCUUCUUCGGAUUCGCCUCCGCCGCGGAUUUUUCAUUCAUGGAGGUUUGUCGCGGAUCCGCGAUUCAGUUGCUGAAUUUCGCUGACGCCGUCGCGAUAGGGAGCCGGUCUCCGGAACGGCUGUUCAGAAUCCUUGACGUGUUCGAGACGCUUCGUGACCUAAUUCCCGAAUUUGAAGCCCUGUUUUCUGAUCAAUUCAGCGUCUCGCUCAGGAACGAAGUGAUUACGAUUUGGAAAAGGCUGGGGGAAUCAAUUAGGGGCAUUUUUAUGGAGCUGGAGAAUUUAAUUCGCCGAGAUCCGGCGAAGACGGCGGUUCCCGGUGGCGGUCUGCACCCGAUAACUCGCUACGUGAUGAACUACCUCCGUGCGGCGUGCCGGUCGCGGCAGAGCUUGGAGCAGGUUUUUGAGGACUACGGGUUGAAAGAGUACCCGAAGCUUGAUGACAGAGUCCACUCUUCAUCUUCUCUAUCAGUGCAAAUGGAUUGGAUUAUGGAGCUGUUAGAGAGCAAUCUGGAAGCGAAGUCGAAGAUUUACAAGGACCCUGCUUUGAGCUAUGUUUUCUUGAUGAAUAAUGGGAGGUAUAUUGUUCAAAAGGCCAAAGAUAGUGAACUAGGAACCCUCUUGGGAGAUGAUUGGAUCAGAAAACAUGCUGCAAAAGUUCGACAAUUCCAUGUGCACUAUCAAAGAAGCUCGUGGAGUAGGGUAUUGGGAAGUCUGAAGCUGGAUAGUACUGUCUCACUGCCCCCUAAUGCCUUAGCAAAGUCAAUGAAGGAGAAGCUCAAGUGGUUUAACACAGUGUUUGAUGAUAUUUGCAAGGAACAAUCUUCCUGGUUUGUUUUUGAUGAACAGCUCAGGGAAGAAAUAAGAAUUUCUCUUGAGAAAAUCUUGUUGCCUGCUUAUGGAAACUUUGUAGCGAGGUUUGAGAAUGUUCCAGAAAUCGGUAAGCAUGCUGAUAAGUAUAUCAAGUAUGGAACAGAGGAUAUCCAAGCCAAACUCAACGAAUUGUUUCAGGGAUCAAGUGGUAACCGAAAGUGAAGGUGAAGCUGCUUCGAGUUGUUCGUGUGUAUUUGUAGUGUAAUUAAAAUACAAUGUUUUGAUUAUCACAAAUAGUCUUGUACUAAAAAUACUACUUAUGUUAUUCUGCUUAGCAUCAAUGUGGAAGAAGAGCAUUUGAAACGA